GUGAGAAACGAAUGGAGAAGGCGAUGGAGGCGAUUAAGGAGGCGUGGCCGGGCGAGCAGGCUGGAUGCAAGCCGGGUGGUGGGGGAAAAUGAUCUGGCCCCGACGCUGAGAUGGCGGGGCACGUGCAUUUUCCCGUCGCUCGGGUCGAAGCGGACAGGCCGUCACACUGGCGACUGCUAUCCAUUUCUGUCCCUUCAUUCUUUCCCAACACCUCUGAUGCCGUCUUGUCUCUCGACAUAAACCUUUUCUCACCUCAUCCACAUCCCCCCUCUCCGCUUCCGCGCUUUGCAGCUUUUGUCCUCUCUUGUCUGUAUUGUUAGUCGCCUUUCUCGGCCUCUCUCCGACCCUACCUCAUCUCGGCACCGCUUCUGGCCUUUUUCUGUAUAACAGUACUCGGACAGGCAUCUCUUCUUCCCCUUUUUGCACCGCAUCCUAGGAUGCCAGUUCCUGCGACCAUCACCAGCUAUCUUCCUGUCCUCCUGGCCUCCGUCACGCAUAACUGUGCUCCUGAUGACAAUUCCUACUCUCCCCUUCCAGAGGGUCAGGUCGAUUAUUUAUCUCACGAGUGGAGGGAAGAAGACGUUUGGCGGUCAUGGAGGAAUAUGACACGCCAGAAGAACGCAAUCGCGAACGGCAUGCGUCUUGAGAACGCGAGUUGGCGCACUUGGUGGAAACAGAGAAAUAAGUUGAAGACCAUCAGUCCAGAGACGCUCAAUUGGCUGAAGGACUCUGAUGUAACAUGGUUGUAUGGGCCUCUACACGUCGGCUCCGACUGGUUGCCGGUGUCACAUAGCUCGAAUAGCCUGACUCCCAGACAACGGCAGAACAGUACAGGCGCAUUACCGACUGGCAAGCCCGCAAUCUCGCCUGUUGCCGGUCCCAGGAAACCCAUCUUGAAGCAUCGCAGCAUCGGCCAACUGUUAUCUCUUCCAUCCAGUCCUUGGUUCGACGAAGCCGAGGAGGAUGAGGAGGACGACGACGAGGCACACGAUGGGGAGCACUCUCCGAAGCGGCCGCAGCUGUUGCAUACGAAGAGCGACACGCAUAUCAGCAGGCGAGGCCGAUCAUAUCGGAAAGACUCUCCACCGCGCAUCAUCGCUGAAGAAUCUGCGUCGAAAUCGAGGGAGCCGUCGGUGGCGCUUAGCACGUUAUCCGCCACGGCUUCGAGCGAGACGUCCCAAUCCACGAGUAGCGAGCUGAGUGAGAACUCCAGUGGCGGCGAGAGCUCUGCAGGCAGCGGAUCGCACACGGAGGGAGGCGGAUUGAAGAAGAAGCACAUCAGUUUCAACACAUUCGUGGAGCAGUGCAUCGCCAUAGAGAAGCCUAACUUGAAGCGCUCCAACACUGGCGGCCGCCGAGGAUUGCCAGUGUUUCACUACGAUGACGGGUACGAGGAGGACACGGAAGUCCUGUACGAUGAUGAUGACGAGCAGUCAUCCUCGCCAUACUAUCCGUCUAGCUCGCCGGCAAUCGCCUCGGAUUCGGACGAUGAUGACGAUGAUGUGAUUGAGAUGCGCUCAUCGCGCUCGCGAUCAUCUUCCAUGACCAGCGUGCCCCGUCCGAAGUUAUCAUCAGACAUGGACGCAUCAAUACUAUCACAUCCGCGUUUCUGCCCAUCCAUGUCUCGCAAAUCCUCGACAAGCGAGCACGUCACCAUCGCUCCCAUCGCGCCGACUAUCCUCAAGACCACUGGGGUCGGCAAUAACCUCGUAUCUGUCAAUGAGGGGCGCGUGGCGUCCUCUACGAAGGAGGUUGAGCUCGUGUAUGCGCCUCCAUCGCAUAGUGGAUAUAGCUUGCCUACGUCGCCCAGCGUCGCUGGCGAAGAAGUGUAUCAUCACCAUCAGUCCUAUUUCAGCGUCGGUACGAGUCCAUCGCCGCAGGCGCGCUCGCCAAUGGACUCACCUCAAAUACCGACCGUCGGUGUGCUCCCACUCCCGUCACAUCUCGGACCUGAGACAUCGCCCUCAGGCGACGUGCAUGGACCGACGCUGUUUCCGCAUAUGCCACAGGUUGACUCGCCGACACACACAGACGAUCUCCAAGAUGUCACCAUGGAGGACACGUUCGAUUAUUUCGACGGCCACACAGUGGAGGAGUACUCGGAGGAGUGGUCGAGCUCGGAUGCGCGGAGGCAGCGGGGACGGAGCGGCUUCCGUGAAGAGCAGAGCGCGGCGCCACGCGUGGUACGGUAUGCGGAGGGCGGCGCGGCGAGCGUGCAGACCGGCCGGUGUAGCAGCGCACCUGCGUCUCCUCAGAAGAGGCCUGUCGUGGUGGUGAAUGAGGCGAACGGGGCCAUGGAGGAGCGGAACGAGCGCUCGCGUGAAGGCAGUCCGUCGUUAGCAGAUCGAGCCGGUGAGAGCCCCACCAGCGCGCCCACAUACGUCCACACGUCGACGCCCGCCGUUCCUGUGCCCUGGAUCGCUACCGCGCACCCACAAAUCGUGAGCUCUGAUGCCGCACUACUCUCGCCGACGGCGGCGGGCAGCUGUCCGCGUCCUACUGACUCCCGCUCCGAAUCGCGGGGACGUUCGCUCUCACGCGCAGCAUCUAUUUCGGACCGCGAGCGCUCGGGUUCGCGCUCGAGUCAUGGGACGCAUUCGCCGAUGGGUAGUUUGUCACCUACCGGUUCUGCGCUCGCACUGGGCGGCGGGGUACACGCACGUGGACGGGAACGGGAGGGCAGACGUGGGCGGAUGGAUGGUCAUGAGACGGAGCGCGGGCGAGAGCGGACGGGGCGAUUAUUGGGAGCUAGCUUGAGUCCGCCGAGCGCGGUCGAGUCGCCGACGCGGAGGCAGGGGGAGUACCGGCUGUAUUCGCCGACGCUGAUGGACGCCCCGCAGAUGCAGGUUGAGCCUGUGUUGCCAACGUCGUCGGUGUCUGGGUCGUCGACUGCUAACGUGGAUAUGGUGCGACCAUCUACAAGUGAUGCGCGAUCUGCGCCUAUACCGACCAUACAGCUUCCGCCUUUCAACGUGCCGUCGCCCAUACCAGAAGAGGAUGAGCAGCGCUCGCGGCAGCCGACGCCGGCGAACUCACCCAUCUCUGCGUUGCAUGCUGUCUUGCCUGCACCUGUCAAGCCUGCACCGCCUUCUCCAUCCAAGGAGCAAGCUGAUGGUCGCUCGUCGACCUCGCCGGUCUCACCCACGGGGGUGCAAGCAUCCGUGACAAGUCCUAUUCCCAUUCCUCGCGCUCGAGACCGCGUGCCGCGGUCCUCGGGGGAUGUCCAGCAGGACGUAUCAUUUGUUGGACGUGCCACCGACAUGAUGUCGUCUGCGAGAGGCUUCCUCGGGUCGAUAUGGAACGCGGGGACAGCAUGAUUCCCCUCGUGCCACCAACCCAUGUACUGUACAUAAUGUGCUGGGUAUACCGCCGGUGCCUUUCAUCUCUGCCACCUCAAGCAAACGUCACUUAUUCUCUUAUGCAUAUUCGGCUACGAUAUCCGCAUUGGUAACCCGAUGUUCAUGUUCGCAUUGCCGCACGGAACUUCCCCACUACAUUCACACGGCCUGAACUUAAUGUGCACAUUGUUUACGAUUUCCCAAUACUGGGCUCGCCCUCUUGCUCUAUUCCCGUACGGUCGACCGUGCGCGCCGGCGGGGUGUUGUUAUUCGCUUUCGUUUCGAUGUUGGUGUGUGUCUGGACUUGUUUUAUAUCUUGGGCAGUCGGCGGUCCUACCCUCAAUUCUAAUACGAUACAGCAGCGUACAUAGUGUUUUAGCGUAUGUCCGUAUGUCGGUUGCAUGGGCAUGUAUCUUUUUAGGUAUCUUGUUUCAUAGAUGUAUCCUUGCAAGCCUCCGUGCGAACGUUGUGGCCAC